AUGACGGGUCAGGAUCAACUCAGCUCGUCACCUAUGUCUAGCCCCGUCAUUCACACGCCAGACUCAGAUUGGGUGUUCGACAAAUUUGAAGACGGGCCUUCGAUCUGGGACGACGCUCGCGGCAGACAAGUUCGCACACCAGACAACCUUGACCACGAGGUCAGUUUGCCGCCCAUUAAACCAAAAGCUGUCGGCAGAUUUGCCUUUGGAGGAGACCUGGAAGACUGCGGUGCGGGUCUGGCUCCGUUAUUCCGAGAGGCCCAAGAGCGAAUCUUCGCUCUCCGGCUCGAUGAUACUGCAAGGCCUUCGAUUGUUCCUCCUAGCACUGCGCAACCGGUUCAAACUGUUUCAGUCGACAUGCAAAACGGCAUGGCUUCCCCUAAUGUUGCAACACAGAAUACUCACAUCAGAAGCGACGACUGGUAUCAGCCAGACAUUGAUGCUUGGUGUAAUCCAGAUGUGGGCUGCAGCUCAUAUCCAAUCAUCCUAGCAGGAGAAUCCCAUUUUGAGCGUGUCCCUGUCGACCAGCCGGUUGUCCUUUGGCCCGAAUUCAAUUCUGAUCUCCCACUCCCCGAAAACCGGACGGAGACGACGGGGGCCAGCCACAGAACGUCUCCGGUGACCACAACAGCCCAUUCCGCUGGAAAUCCGUUUGGUGGCCACCGAUGCACAGAGUCGCGCCAUGCCGGCAACUUUGGCUGUGCUGAUUUCCGACUUCGAAUUGUGCACGAUACUUCUUACGAUGGCUUGUUCCCCGGCCGAUUUCAGGGUGUUGUCGAUUUUCAGGUCUGCGAAAAGAGCAUGGCCAGCCAUUUGCCUGGGUGGGAAGCGAUCAAAAAUGAGGAGUAUCCAAUUCCCGGCGCGCCCAUGAACAUUUAUGUCACCUCAGAUCUCGAGACCGCCAAAUACGCGGCCAAAUGGCUCUUUGACCAAAUUCACUACACUUCUACAGAAGCUUCGACCGAGUAUAUAGACAUGCGUACCGUUUCCAGCGUCGUGGAACUUGCCGCCGAACUUGGUGGAGCGGGACCUCGCAUCGAUGGAUUCAUUCGGUGGGCGCUGCUGAAUGCAGAGGUGUCGUCUCUAGAGGAGACAAUUUUUGGACUCCACGCUGCAGCGUUUUCGACGAGCAAUUACGAUCUUUUCAGCAUGUUCCAACCUUUUCUGGCACUCAAUUUCACGGGAGAAGAGGUUUCCAACUGUUUAAAGAAACUGAGCACAGUGGCACCAUAUCUGCCGUAUGUGCUCCAUCGCCCUCUCUUCUCCAACAUUGUUGUUCGCCGCCGCAUCGUCCACAUCAUCAUGCAGAUUGUCGAACUGGCCAUCGACGAAGCCUGGCAGGAGCCUAUCGACGUCACUCGCUUCCACUUUUUGUGCGCUCUCAAGUACCGGUUCAUGAGCCAAGCGGCGCUGACAAGUGACAGUUUUGACCUCUCUGGCCUGAUGCAUUACAUGCGAGAAGUCGUUCUCGUCCACAAAGAGCCCUAUGGCCAGCUUCUGGCGGAUUUCCGGUCUGCCUUUACGGGCCAGGGGCUGAACCCGGACUUUUCGCCCUUGUCGCUUCUUCAGCACUACAACUGA